CAGCACAACUGACUUACUUCCAAAGAUGAGCGCAGCCAUGUGGGACUGUAUUGAUGCUGAUGGUGAUGAAGAGGAUAUGGCGAAUGCUAUAUCACAAUUUGCAGACGACUGUCAGACAACACUUGGUCUCGCCUUCUGGCCAGCGGAGAGGACUUGCCUUGAAUUUGAAAAUGAUUUCAAUUUGUAUCCUUACAUGGGUACAAACUGCUGGCCUGAAUGUCCAUUUGGUUUGAGAGAAACGUCGACGUCCGCAUGUGAAUGUGAUGAUGGAUAUUGGAAUGGAACCUGCACUGGUAUAUGUCCUGGCGGAGUCCAAAACCCUUGUAGUGGAUAUGGUACUUGUGAUUCCGUCACGGGCGAAUGCAAUUGCCCUAUUAACAGAAUGCCGGCAGACGACUGCAGCUUAUGUUCGGAGGACUGGUAUGGAUCCGAUUGCGAGAUUGCUGUCAAUAAUGUUACUGGCAGUGACAAUACUUCCCUUGCCGUACUGGGACAAUUAGGCAUAAUUUAUACAUUUGAUGGUUUGAGCUAUUCAGUUAAAACGCAAGGUGAGCUUAUGUUGAUGGCAAUUUCAGAAAAUAUCAUCAUCGAAGGAAAAUUUGUUACCUGCUACCAGAAUUAUUCAUGUGUUCCUUUCAUAGCUGCUAGAAUUGGAGAUGGUAUCAACGGAUACGCAACAGUUACAGUUCAGUCCGAAAGAAAGUAUGAUUCCAAGCCAAUGAUAUACAUCAAUGGUGUAAGUGAUACUUUGGAUACACCAGCAUAUUUCAACGGAUUCAAAGUGUAUAGGUCCAAUUUCUUCGAAGUAACAUUUGAAGUAAAAGAUAUAGUAACGUUCUAUAUCAGAAAUGAAGGUCAAUAUUUGCACUUGACUCUGGAAUUGGUUGAUACGCUGGUUACUCAGACAUCAGGUUUGCUCAGUGGAGGACUGUAUGCAAAUAUUACUGACCGGCUUGAUCACUUAUACAAUGCAGAAGUUCCGCUUUUUGCCAUUUGUAAUGACACAUCAAGCAUUCAAUCCGCACAAGGAUCGCAAAGUUCUAACACAAUAAGUCUGACAGCUUACACGCAGACAUACUCAAAUGAUACGGACUUGGAUAUUUCAAGGUUUAUCGUGGAUGAAUGUGACAGUAUCAUUUACUUUUCAAACGACCUGUUGAAAUAUCAGACACAAGGAGGUUAUGGAUUGAACUUCAGUAAGUCGAGCCUCGACAGGGAGUUGGUCUUGGAUACCAGUUCCACUACAAGUAUGACCAUAGAACUACUUGUUAAACAGAAUGAAGCGAACAACAGUGGUGUAAUAUUCUCGUACACAAGUAGUUCAUCGUCAUCACUUCUUCUUGUAAGCGGGGAAUCUUCUCUUGAAGUUCACACAUACGUAGGCAGCAAUGAAACCAUGUAUGAUACAGCUAUUGCAUUAGACGAAGACGCCUGGAAUAAAGUGGUAUUUGCUUACGAUAAUGAUGAUGGAACAAGCACAGUUUAUGUUAUUGACAAAGACGGAACAGUGUCAACAACAGGCGAUUUUGAAAUAAAUCCAGCCUUGUUUGAGUCUACGGGUACUCUCACUAUCGGUCAUUGGAACAUGCCGUUUGACAGUAAACAGUAUGAUUUACCAAAUGGAUUUGAUGGUAGUUUAGAAAAUUUCAUGAUAUGGAACCUAACAGUAGAGGAGAGUCAAGUGAGUGAACUCUGGCAAAUGGAUCCAGCUACGGCAUCUGGUAGUUUAUUGUUCGCCCUUCAAUUUGACGAAGGAGAUGGCACAUUGACCAGUGACAACAUCGGUAAUUUAGACCUUUCUCUUCCAGAAUACCCAUGGAAGGCUCCCGAAUGGAUUAUCUCAGAUUUAGAUUAUAUAAGCAGCUAUACACCAGAUUUUGCACUGACGUACUUCAACAAUGACACAUGGGAAACGGAAGCAAGUACAUUCUGUUUAUCGAUAACCACAGCCACAGAUGGCAUCAGCAUUAGCAACAGUACAAGAAAUUUCUUUUACUUAAAUUGUCUACAAAAUUUGGCAGUCACAGAAUAUAAAACCUCGGGGUACAAUGCUAUAUUAGAUGCUCUAGUUUUAGGCGUAUCACAGCAUGGAACAGCCUCUUCUGAGAUAGACACAUUCUGCUCAGCCAUUUCUGAUACAGAUAAAAAUGGAACUUCUUGUACAACAACAUGCACGUUUGGUAUUGAAUACUCCAAUGGAACAUGUUCCUGUUUUGAAGGUUACUAUGGUGCAAACUGCGAUGGUGUAUGUCCAGGAAGUUCGGAUUCACCUUGUAGUCUCCAUGGUGAAUGCCUUUCCGAUGGUACAUGUGACUGUUGGUGGAACUGGGGUGGAAGCUUAGACUGUUCGUCCUGCACAUCAGAUUCUUCGGGCGAUAUGGUUGGGCCAGAUUGUUCUAUUCUAAGUACAUCAUCUUUGUCCUCGUCCUCGUCGAAGGUAGCAGCUGUGUCUAGUAAUGGACACUAUAUGACAUUUGACGGUCAGCAGAUCUCGUUCAUUGGUGAGACAGGCGCAUUUAUGUUAUUUAGUUCUUCCUUGAUGGGUGUAGAUAUUCAUGUAUAUCAAGUAAGUUGCCAUUAUGGAUCUUGUGUUGCUGCAGUUUCCCUUACCUCCUCAACUGAUGACCUGGUCAUUGCCGCACCAGGGCAGGGUAUAUAUCCAGUACUAUAUAGGAAUGGAAAGCAAAUCAUACUUGACGACAUUACGAACGUUUUUAGUGCGUCCAUGACCGUAACACAGGAUUCUUUAACAGAUAUCAGCGUAACUAUCACCGGUAUUGGAAGCAUCACAGUACAAGUUCUUGUUCAGGAACAGUUUCUGCAAGCGUCUGUCGUUUCCUCUUCAACAAUAUGUCAAGUUGGAUCCGGAGUAUUUGAUAAAUGUAACGGAAAUGGCAAGGACUAUUCUUCGAUGACCACAAGUGAAAUCAACGAAUACAUCGUUACUAAUUACAGACUUUCAAGUAGCAUAAUUCUGGAUGCUUUGAAUGCUCCUGUUGGUGACGGAUCAAAUAUUACAGGAUACGCUCUUAAAUUUGACAGGACCGCUGGCAUAUCUGUACCAAUGUCAUAUCCAGCUGAUUUCAACAUUUCUGUUAUUGAUUUCAGUUUGUCGCUUUAUUUCAAACCUUUAGCUUUGGGUGGUUACAUCGUGUCAUAUGCAAAGAACACUACGUUCGCCGUCUUAAACUCGGAUCCAAUAACGUUUCAGUGCGAUACCAGUUUUGUAGAAAGUACGAUAUCGCCUGAACUAAAUGUUUGGAACCAGUUGAUAUUAACAUUUAGGCGGACUCAAGGGACAGUUGAUCUUUUCCAUUUUGGUACUGAUUCCAAAUUGACACAGGAGGUAGUGAACUUUGAGUGUGGCAGUAUAUUUGAAAGUGAUGGUACUAUUAUGCUAGGUGAAUACAUGCCAUCAGUUGGCAGUAAUCCAUAUACUUUUGGAUCACAGUAUUUUACAGGAUUGAUCGACGAAUUCUCUAUUUGGAAGAACCCGAUACCAAACUCUUUAAUAUACCAGGCACACCUCCUUAGCACGAAGGUUUCAGGCUUUUCAUCUGAGUUGGCGUCAUUGAUUUCAUUCUCUGAAGGUGUUGGUGCAGUAGCUUACGAAGAGAUCAAUGGAAAUAACAUGGUUUUACCAAUUGCACCCUGGCAAUCUCCAGAAUGGAUUGUUUCAGAUCUUGGUCUGCAACCUUUGAGAACAACAGUCAGCGAAGUUUACUCAACAAUAAAUAUUGAUGCAAAUGUUGAAACAAUGUGUGGAAAUUUCUUCGACUCAGGCAGUGUUUCUUCCAACUGUGGAGGGGUAUCCGAUUUUAUCAGAUGGUGGUUCAAGCAAACGUGUAUGAUAAUUGCAACAAAUACAGGAAAUAUCUCUGACACAACGAUGGCUAUGGCCGACUACACGUCUCUGUGUGGUGUAACUGGAGGCAAUGUUGAUAACAUCUACGAUGUCUUGUGUGCAUUAAGCGUCGAUAAACCAGCUUGGCUUGAACGAAAAUGCUCAGACUGUGAUUUUGGUUAUAAAACGGGUACGGAAUGUGUUUGUUACUAUGGCUACUAUGGUACAAGUUGUGAUGGCGUCUGUCCGGGAGGAGCCUCCAACCCAUGUAACAGUCAAGGCGAGUGCGAUGUAGGCGGUAACUGUCAGUGUUGGGGACGUUGGACUGGCACUGCAUGUGACACAUGCUCCUCUGGAUGGUCAGGAGACGACUGUACAGUAUAUACAUCCACAUUUGACCCUCUUGGUGAUAAUGCUACAACGCUUGUAGCACAGGUUAACAUGAUAGGGCAGCUGUCAACAUUUGACGGAAUCAUAUUAGAUAUGCCUCAAAGAGGAUAUUUUAAUCUGAUGACGAUUAACGAUUUAGACAUCUCACUCGAAGGCAGAUUUGGAGUUUGUAAUUCUGAGGAUGUCUUCCACGUCUGUUUGAUUGGCUUUGUACUGGAACAUGGCGGCGAAAGUUACUAUGUUAGCUAUGAAAGAUUUACGGGCACAAGUGUUGAAAUUAUGUCUUCCACAAGUCCUAAUAUUACGGUAUACGAUGAAUUUGAACUUGGCGAUAUGAUAUUAAAACUUGAUUCCCCAACAACAUUGAAAAUGACAAUGAAAGGUUCUGAUAUUGCUGUUAAAAUGUCAUCGAUAAGCGAUCGCCUUUUGUCUACAUUGUCUAUACCAAUGACAGAGUGGACUUCACGACAGUCUCAAAUUACAGGCGUUCUCACAUCCUGUAAUACAGAAAAGGCAAUUAUAGCAGCAAACUGUAGUAUUAGCAGACAGUCCUUAUGCAUAGACCCUUCGCAGACUAUAUCGAGCAGCUGCAAAUUAAACCAAACAACUGAAACAUUUUCUCAGUUCCUGAACAAUUCUGCUUAUAACGACACAGAUUUCAUGGAACUAAUUGAAGACAGAUAUCUUUCAGCGAUGGAAUCAAACUGCUUUAAAUACGACGGUAAUGGUGUAUCUGUGACAGAUUUACCGUUACCAGAUUCUGACUUUACUGUUGAGAUGCAUGCUAAACCGACAGAUCAUGGUGGUAUACUGUUGACCUACGAUGAUGCAAACGGCAAUUAUAUAACUUUGAUCAAUCACAAAGAUGGUAUGAUUGUUGCACUACCUGGUGUCUAUCAUCUAACAAAUCUUCCAUUGGAAUUAGAUGUAUGGAAUCAGAUCAGUCUGGCUUGGAGAGAUGACGCACAGAUUCUCGAAGUCUACCUUACAAAUGAUACUGGUGUUUCCACAGUAAAAGCUGUACCACUCACUACUGACGUGUUUAACAGUGGAGGAACAUUAACACUUGGUCAGCUUACACCGGACUUAGGUGUAUCAAUAAGCAUGGGUGACUACACUGGAUACAUUGAUGAAGUACGCAUUUGGAACAGGCCUCACAAUCCGACCGUCAUCACAAACAAUUUCCGCAAAAUGAUUACUGAUGACACUAGCAAUGUCUGGCAUAGCUGGACAUUUAAUGAAGGAAUUGGAUUAACAGCCUAUGAGGAUAGACAAGGUGAUAAUAUGGUACCGGUUAACCUUUUAACUCCGCCAGUGUGGGCAAAGUCAAGUCUUGACCUCUCAGAAGACAAAGACCUCGAUGCACCAAGAUUGACAACUGAAGAUGAAUUGUCAGCUGCAGCACUUCUUGCUGCACAACAAAUGUGUGACAAUUUGAUUAGUAACUUCUCACUGUCGAUAAUUGGCUCAAGUAUGGAUGUUUUAACUGACGUGUACGAAGCUCUGUGUGUUCAAGAAAUAACUGCUACCGGUGACCAAGCACAGGCAGAAGCGGUACUGGCAAGUGCGGCGGACUUGUAUAUAAGCUUAUCAAAUUCAUCAACCAACCCGUUAGCGAGUUUGUGUAAUGUUAUGAGUUCAGUAUCAACUUACAUAGGCGCUAGUGGUGACAAUUGUACUACUUGCGUUUUUGGUACCGUUGAUAAUGGCACAUGCGUCUGUUUUGACACUCAUUGGGGUCAGUCUUGCGAUUCUAUCUGCCCGAUAGGUCCCCUUGGAGCUUGCAAUACAUUUGGCGUCUGUGAUGAAGGACUUGGUGUUUGCAAUUGCCAUCCAAAACACUACGCUGGAUCAAGCACAGUAAGCGACUUCUGGCAAACGUAUUUGACGUCCUCUAGUAUGAACAUGACAUCAGAUUACACAUGUGACGCUUGUUCAGAAAACUGGCAUGGUAAAGAAUGUGAGUAUUCAACAGCAACUCCGAAGUCAUCUUCCAGUUACUACGGAAUUAUCUAUGGAUCUUAUGUCACAAACUUUGAGGGCGUGUCUUACACACACGUAGCGCCAGGUGUUUAUUCUCUUCUCAAAACUUCAUCGAUGGAAGCACAGGCUCUAUUUGUGCCCUGUCUUGGUGAUAAUAGAUGCCGUUACAUGAAAGAAUUUGCGGUACGAAAAGGUGAUUCUAGUAUAAUGAUACAGCAUGCUGAAGAUACAGGACAAAAUGUGACCGUGAAAGUAGACGGUAUAGAUGUAUUAUUCCCGAACACUUCAUCAAGUAGUGGUGUUACCGUAGAAAUGACAGAAUACCCCUAUGUUAAAGUUACAGUCGGAAGUUCAUCAUUUAUUGUGUUUGACUCUGAUAUGGGGUUAGUUACAACUGCAGAGGUAUCAUCAGGCGAUGCAAAAGCAAAUUCUGGAUUACUCGGAAAACCUGAUAAUGACUGGACUCAAGAUUUCCAGUGCACCAGUGAUACUGGAACAUUAAACAAAGAUGAUUUAUCAAGCGAAUAUGCCGGAAAAUGUCUACGUGAACGGUAUGGUACAGGUUCAGGUCAGAUCUUCACCAACCACACUGAUUCUGAAGAUUUCCUAUCGUCAGGUGGCUAUUCGCUAUCACUUUCAGGUGGUGAAGGGUUCACUGUCAAUGGCUUUACUGUGGAGCAGGGUCUUACCAAAUUUACCUCUAGCUACUGGGUUAAGUCCUCUAAAGCUUCGAAGAAGCGAUCCACACUAACUCAUCCGCUACUAACGAUUGAUGCUGGCAGUCAAAACAUCGAUUUUAGAGUUGACAGCGACUAUUUAGUAAUAGACUGGGAUAUACCGUAUACAACUACGCUAAUGCUUGAUAUUGACACUUGGUACUAUCUUGCGUUCUCUUGGAGUGAUGACGGAUCAGCGGUCGUAUACCUUAUCUCAGAUAAUAAUGUGCAGGACUACUCCAUUUCAAAUAUGAAUGUAGGUGGAACAGUUGACGUCAGUGAAAUAACAAUGACAACAACAACUUCUGCACAAGUUUCCUUUGACUGUUUGAGAUCCUGGACCGAAACGAAGACACUGAGUGAAUCGAUAUCCGAUAUGGAUAACUAUUGUGAUGAUUCUACGUCGUCUGACGCAAGUAUGAUGUUAUCAAUAACAUUUGAUGAAGGAAAUGGAACUACGACAUCAAUAACGACAUACAGCACAAAUGAUGGCACAAACUCAGGUUCAGUCACGGGCACAGUCGCCGGAACAAUAUCAGGACUGACCGGUGCUUCAAAUCCAUGGGUUCCGUCGUCUAUUCCUGUACCAGACAUUUCCACUGCGAACACAUUAACUGCCUAUGGUAGAAGUAGCUCUAAUAGCGUUCUCACUAACUAUACAGCAGCAGCAACAGCUUGCCUUGAUGUCAUUAAAAAUGACAAUAUUUCAACCACUUGCAGCGUUCUUUCAAGCGGUACCAUCGAUCACUUCCUUGAAGCAUGUAUUCGUGAUUAUGAUAGAAUUGGUGAACAAGAGGCUCAACGGAUCUUAGAAUCCACUCUCAUCUACUACUGUGCUACUGCAAUGGGCGGUGAUGAGUGUCAGUUUGUUGGUUAUUUUUAUUUCUGCAAAGAUGUCGAAGAAGAGGCCGCAGGAUUACCACUGAUAAUUAUUGCAGCCGCUGCAGGCGGUGCGUUGCUGCUAAUUGGACUUAUAAUUCUUAUCAUAUGCCUAAAAAAGAAGAAGCAGAAAGAGAAAGAACGAGCAGCUGCUGAAGAUGAUCCCAGUUUAUCCUUAGUCUCCAAUACUAAAUUCAAUACUACGGCUUUGAGGAGAAAUACUACUGAAACAUCGUUUGUGUCAAUGGAUUCCCGGCGUCAAUCUGCUUGGGACGAUGGUGGAAGAAACUCUGUGGUUUCCGUCAACUCCCCAGUAAUGUUUUCAGACGACGAACCAAGUAGCCCAACGCCUUCAACGUCUGGGUCUUUCUUUAAGAAAGGUACAGUUUCACCAAUGACCGUUGCACCAUUGACAGAACAGAAGAAAAUAGCUGUGAAUAACUGGUCGAAACUGGUCCAGAAAGCAACAGAAAAUGGUCCGGUAUCACCACAUCCGGCUCCAAAUCCUAGCACGACCGCACCAAAUAAAAAGGUCGAACCAGCUAAACGGUAUAUUACUACAAGCCCAGAACCAGGAACGACUAGUACUUCUACAAGCCCAGUAAGUCCAGCGCCAGUAGCAAACUGGGGCAAAUUGUUAGAAAAAGCUCUCAACUCUGGUGCAACUUCCCCUCAGUUCUCCAGUAUUCCUGGAAGUGAAACUUCUACACCGAUGCCGGCUGUUGCUCCCAACGCGCCAACUGGUAUGUUUGGUAUGUCGCCACAGCCAAUGUUUGGAUCUAAUGCAGCUGCGGUAACUCCGAAACCAGCUUUUGCUGCUGACGCACCAACAUCUCUAGGCGGUAGUAACGCGAAACAAUGGAAAAAGCCUGCACCUAUUCCACGACUGCCGCAGAAUGCCAGAAAGUCGUCGGUUGCUGUUGCGCCGGACAGACCAGAUAGCGUUGUGAACGAUCUAGACACUGCGUAAAACAUUCGAAUCAAUGGACUGGACUAAAUGUUUGUUAAAUAAAAUAUGUUUACUACAUAAAUAUUCUUUGUGCAAAAGUGUAAAAUUCGACUACUUUAAUGAUAUUGGUUUCUACACGAGGGUACGAGAAGUGCUAUUUUAAUUUUAUAAAAUGUUUACAUUUAUUCUUUGAUAAUUUACUUAUAUACUGUGAUAAUUUCCUGUGAUAGUUCUUACUACUUAACCUUUAUAAUAUGUUUGCAACAAUCAGAGAUUUUAUUUAAACAUAAAGCAACAUUGUAUAUAUUUUAAAGACUUUGUACGAUUU